GACGGCAGAUAUUUUUGGCCGCACAUCAACGUUAUCUUAUAGCGCAUCAUCAACAUGGAGCCCUCUGGGAACAGAACCCCUGAGGGGAAGGAUAUGAUCCAUCAUCUGGCCAAGAAGGCAGAGAGAUAUGCAGGGACUUCCCAGGCCUCGACUCCAGUUGUGGUCGUGACCCAAUCUCAAACAUCAGUCGGUGUCCCCAAGAAGCGCAUCUACGUAGUACCCAUGCCCCGGCGGGCUCCCAAAGAGCCACAAAUCCAGAUUCGGACUCCCACUGUAGAUGCAACCCAAACCCGGACUCCAGUCCCAUCCACAAAACGCAUCUUUAUUGUAUCCCAACCUUUCUCUGCUGGGGGCUCGACGCAAACCCAGGUACCAGGCACUAGGAAACACAUCUAUGUACUAGCUCAGCCCCAGAAUGCUGCUGGGGUCAGGACCCAACCCCAAACUACAGCCAGGAUCACGACUCAACCCCAAACUACAGCCAGGAUCACAAUUCAACCCCAAACUAUAGCUGGGAAAAUAGACCCACUUAAAGUGCCAGGACAGUCCCAGAUCAAGACUCCAACUGGGGUCACAGUUCAAUCCCAGAUUGUAGCCAGUGUCAAAGCCCAAAUCCAGCCUGCAGUAGGGAGAACAGACCCUCCUAAUGCUCCAAGGCAGACUAGGAAGAUGGUUCACUUCCAACCCAAGCCUCUGAUAGCCAGGGAUGCAGCCCCAACCAAGGCUGAUGCCCAGACUCAGACCGCUACUGUCGUGGCAGAGGUGGUCUCUAUGCUGCAACACGGAGAUGUGAGACCUGCACCGCAGCCAUACCUGGUCCACAAAGAAGAGGUGCUGAGGAGGAUGGGUGCGCCAGAGAAGAUGUCAGUGAGAACGUUGCUGAUGUACACUGGGAAGAACCCUGCAGACCGAGACAGCAAGAACAGAUUGGUGAAAAACCUGAUUAAGGCUGGAAUCCCCCCCGUCGAGAUCCCUGCCUAUAUCACCAGUGCCUUCUCCAGGCUCACCGAGGGCGACACCACAAUGCUGUGUAGUGACAUGAAGUCCCUGGCUAUCAAACACCUCAACUUCACCAAAAUGGCCGAGCAGCUCAUAGAGGAGACCAACCCUGUGCAGCACUGGUCCAAGAUCAUCGAUACCAAAGCCCAGCUAGAGGAGAUGAGACUGUGUUUCAGGGACCCAGCUAACAGUCGUCUGAUGGACAAUGUGACCCACGGUAUGAGCACGGGCGUGAUGGACGCCACCUUCGACAUCAUCUCUACCCUCAUUGACUACCAGGUGCAGCUAAUCGCCUGUCUAGUGAACACCAUGCCUUCACACCAAACUCCCACUAGGACGGCUGUCAAAACUAGGCCUUCUCCGGCCCUUCAGACGUCCAUGUCCCUCGUCACCCCCCCUGUUAUCACCAAUCCGACGCCCCUGGGCCCAUUCGCCGCCCAACCCCCCUUGAAAAGUCUCUAUGUGAUAGCCCAGCCCCACAACAACGGGACUCAAACCCAGCCCCUCCGGUGCUGCCAAGAGACCCAGAACGAGACCCAGACAGACACCCAGCUCCCUAAGGAACCACUGAAACAUCAGAAGGGUCGAGGCGUCCAGCGUGGCCCCAGGGGAUCUUACAGGAAGAGAGCCGCUUCAGGGGCCUCAGACAGGAAACAGGAAGCGGCUCAGGAGAAGGGGAAGGGUAAGAAGGUUAAGCUAAACCCCUCCCCACACGUUGCCACGGAUACCAGGGAAGAGGGGAAUGCAAAGAUGGCCAAAAAGAGAACUCCUGGCAACACAGAAGGAAACUCUGCAGCUGGAUGUACACAAACGAAUUGAAAAGUUACAGAAUGUGUAGCUGCAAACUCCAGCAGAAAGGAAAACCCAACAGUUGUGCCAACAGAAACAUAGCCUCGUUCCAGAAACAGUUUCUGGCUCCUACACUUGUGUAGGCCUAGAUAUGAGGGGAUUGGAUAGGUGAAAGCAAUUGGAUAGGUAUAGCAAAUCAAAUUUGAUUUGUCACAUGCGCCGAAUACAACAGGUGUAGUAGACCUUACCUUGAAAUGCUUACUUACAGGCCCUUAACCAACAAUGCAGUUCA